CCCCAGGACUGCAGUUCCCAUUGUGUCUCAUCACCUGCUACGUUAACUGAUGGGAGAUGAUGUUCCAAAAUCACUGCAGAGCUAUGCUUCCCCCUACCUGGGAUUAAACAAUAAACAGCAUUUCUAUAUCCAGUUAUCAGGGGCCGGAAAAGAGGGGAGAGAUACCCCAUCAGGAAUCCCUUUUGCUUUUUUGCCUUUGAGAUUUGCCAGUUCUGGGGAUAAGCAGGACAGCAGGCAGGCAAGAGAAGCCAAGGGCCUUCUGUUUCCCCUCUCCAGCCGACAUCAGGCCAGGGAGGAUCAAGCCUAUGCUGCUGCUGCAGAGAUCAUAUAAGGUAGCAACUGUUUUUCUUCUCCAGGCACAGCCGGGUGUGGCACAGAGAGGACAGAUCACUGCAGAAGGGGCUCCUCCACCAUCACCCUCUAAUGGCCUCCCUGGUUCUUGUUGUCAGAGGGACCUGGUGAGAGAGAUCCGGCGGAGGAUCCCAGGGGUCCUCCGCACCUAGUGGGGAAAGGCAGAGGAGCAGGCCAAGGUGGCAACCCAUUCGUUCUACAAACUGGGAGCUUUUUUAAAAAGCCUUUUAAACAACCUUAUUAACUAGACCCUUCAGAUCCAUUCUGUGUGGUAGACAAUACUACUACAGUACAACGCUUCUGUCUGUCUGCCUGUCUGCCUGUGUAUUUUUCUUCGGUUUUUGCCAGGUGAUCCUGCCAGGGUAUCUUGAGACUGAAUUCCCCCCCCCAAAAAAAUCGGGGAGCCUCAGAAGCCACUGUGGUCAGUGCCAAGGCUGGGAAUGCAGGAAUGCCAUCUGGCUUUACAAAGGAAGGCGGGGGAGGCUCUGAACAGCGAAAGAGCGCCUUUCUCCCGCCCAGCGCAAAUCCGCCGGCAAUUGCCCGGGUCCUUCUCGGAGCGCCGCCGGCUCUGGAAAAGGGGAGCGGGCGAGAAAGGGCAGGGGCGGCGCCUCGCCUUCUUUGGCGGCCACGCCGGGGGUGGCGGCGCUGCCCAGGCCUCUCCGCCCUCUCUCUCUCCCUCCCGGCAAGCGGCCGAAGCGGGCGACGGCCUCCGUCCUUCCCCCGCGCAAGCCCGCCAUGGCCCAGGCCAAGAUUCACAGCAGCAAGAGCAACGCCAACGCCGCCGCCAGUGAAGGCGCCCCGUCAGGCAUCUCCGGGCAUUCCUCGCGAAGCCGCUUCUUCCGCUCCACCUCCAUGGCGGACCGCUCCAGCCGCCUCCUGGAGUGCCUCGACCAGCUGGAGCUGAGAGUUGAAGCUUUGCGUGAGGCAGCCUCUUCAAUGGAGCAAGAAAAAGAAACCCUUUUGGAAAUGAUCCACAAUGUACAAAACAGCCAGGACAUGAGGAACAUCAGUGAAGGUGAGAGAGAAGAACUCAAUCUGACUGCUAAACACCUGAUGGGCAGGACUCUCACGGUUGAGGUUUCAGUAGAAACCAUUUGAAAUCCACAGGAGCAAGAGUCCCUGUUACAUGCUACAGAGAUUAUUGACGAAGUUGUCAAUAAACUCUUGGAUGAUCUGGAAGACUCCAGGAGCCGCUUGCUCUCACUUUAUGGUGCAUGUAUAUCUGAGGUACCCUCUGGACCCGUGAAUCAGAAAUUCCAGUCUGUUGUCAUUGGGUGUGCUAUAGAAGAUCAGAAGAAAAUCAAAAGACGGCUAGAGACUCUACUUAGAAAUAUAGAAAACUCUGGAAAAUCCAUCAUGCUAUUAGAGAACCAGAAGGCAACUGCAAGACAGCUUUGCAACAAUGGAAAAGAUUAAAAGCUACUCAAUCUUGCCAUGAAAAUGAAUGUUUCCAAAAAGUAUGCACGAGCAAAAAAGUUGAUGGGGCUUAUUAAAUUUACAGGACUUGGUUAGUGCAGGUCUGAUACCCUGGAAUCUGAAGAGGUCCUGUAGCCCUUAGGCCAGUUAUUAGGCCUUCAGUGCAUGCAGAAGCAUAGGUGGAAGGUGAGAAAUCUGAAGAAAUAUCCUUACCUUGUCCAGAAGGUAAAAAAGCAUCUGAGCUUCCACCAGAUAGCAAGUGGAUUUAUAUAAAUCACACCCUUCAGCAGCUGUAGGAACCAUACAACUACUUGGGUAUUUAGCAGCUUUCUUCUGUGGCUUUGGAUCUCAACAACAGGGUCAUCCGCCUGUUCAGCCUUGCAUAGGGAACAUAUCCUUAAACAAAUAGGUAGCUAUAAUUUAUUUAAGAUAUUAGCAGCAAAUGUAGGUGUGUUAUGUCCUAAGGACUGACCUUUUCAUAAGCAAUAUCCUGUUUGUUUUCACGUGUUUUAACGGUUAAUAUUUGUAUUGUAAAGGCUGUCUUUUCCCACUGCACUCUAGAAGCUUGUCAGUCUCCACUGUGUUAUCUUUCAGUUCUUUAGAAACCUUCAAUCUCAUCGGUCAAGUGCAAAAAAUUAACUUAGCAUAUGCCCCUCUUUUGCCCUCUUUUGGGGGCUGAGCUUAUGCUAGACAGAGAGCAUGGGGUGUGGAGAUUGCUGCAAUAUAUGUGAAGAAAAAGCUGAUCUGCACUUCUUCUUUGCUAUGGAUUCAUAAAUAAAAUAGAUUGCUUUCU